AAGUGUUGACUAGAUUCGCAGUCUCGCGCGCUCCGGGGUUGGUUAUCUCUCUCCGUCUGGGACAAGAUUCCGAGGACAGGUAUUCGUCGAGCACUGAAUUUCGGGAGGAGAGGUGAUUCGAAUAAUCCAGCUUCUGCCACCAUGCUAAGCACUUUGGCCUCUCCAGGCGCUGACCCUAACCUAAAUCCAUCACUUUCCAAUUAAAAUUGUUGAUUCACGACGGUGAAAGGGACUAGUCAUCCAAAUGGAGCUGCCACCUGUCAGUCCAAUGCGAGAGGAAGACGCCUCUCAAUCACAACAACAAUGGGAAAAGAAUUCCUGGGAGAACGAAACUCCUGAGCUGGGAGUGAGUCAAGAUCCAGCCAGGCAGAUUCUAGGGGAUCCUCAAGGGUCUGAAAAACUAGUGGCUGGACUUGAAUUAGACGCUGAUAAAUCUCAGGAACCAACCAAGGAGACGCUGGAGCCUUUACAAGCUUCUCAUCUCUGGUACUGUCCCGAUGGGAGCUUCGUCAAGAAGAUCAUAACCCGGGGCCAUGGCUUGGACAAACCCAAGCUAGGUUCUCAUUGUCGAGUAUUGGCUUUUGGGUUUCCUUUUGAGUCAGGGCUGCCAGAAGGCCCAUCAGAACUAACUGUGGGUGUAGGAUCAUGGAAGGAGGGCACGUGGAGGGAGCUCAUUGAAAAGUGCUUAGAAUCCAUGUGUCAAGGUGAGGAGGUAGAGCUUCAGGUUCCUGGGCACUCUGGACCUCCCGUCAAGCUCACACUGGAUUCCUUCACUCAGGGCCGGGACUCCUGGGAGCUGGGGACUAGUGAGAAGGAAGCUUUGGCCAUGGAAGAACGUGCAAGGGGCACAGAACUAUUUCGAGCUGGGAACCCUGAAGGGGCCGCCCGAUGCUAUGGACGGGCUCUUCGCCUGCUGCUGACUUUACCUCCACCUGGCCCUCCAGAACGAACUGCCCUACAUGCCAAUCUCGCUGCCUGUCAGUUACUGCUAGGGCAGCCCCACUUGGCAGUUCAGAGCUGUGACCGGGUGCUGGAACGGGAACCUGGCCAUUUAAAGGCAUUAUACCGAAGGGGGGUGGCUCAGGCUGCGCUUGGGAACCUGGAAAAAGCAACUGCUGACCUCAAGAAGGUGUUAGCAGUAGACCCGCAAAACCGGGCAGCCCAGGAGGAGCUGGGGAAGGUAGUCAUUCUGGAGAAGAAACGGGAUGCUGGGCUGGCUCAGGGUCUGCGCAAGAUGUUUGGCUGAUUAAAAAGUUAAACCUUAAAAGAGACAGGAAUCUGUGAA